AGAGAAACAAAGCGCUGUGGGAUCCUGCCAGGCUGUGUUCUUUUCUCCCUGAAGCUGAGCUCUGCCCAGGCUGUGUCUCAGGGCUGGGAAGCUCACUGCUCACGGUCACAUCAUCAGCACACCUCUGCAUCGUAACGUCUUUCCCAGGAGUGCAUUCCUGAACGUUCUGGCGUUUAUCAGCCUGCCUCUCACGUGGCAGAAAGAUGAAAAUUCAUCCUAGAGAGACAGAAGAGGAGUUGGGAACGGCACAGAAUCCUUCUGGUAGAAGAGAAGUCGUGGUUUGCAGCCAUCCCACCCCCCAGGGUUCGCUGGCCCAGAUGGAGAGCUGCCUUUGGCUGUGACAGCACUUGCUUGGCAGCUCCUGGUGUGAUCCAUGUGGGCUCCGGAGGGGCAGCGAGGAGAGGGGCUGCGCUGGGCUGGGCUGCGCUCCCUUCGUGCUGUCCCUUAUUUUUAUGUUUCUCCUGAGCUCUGUCCUUUUUACUUCUAAUCAGACUCAUCUUUUAAAUCCUUCUUUGUGUGAUAGUUUCGCUGUAUGAAAGCUGACCUCGUCUGUUUCAGCUCCGUUGAGGUGGUUGUGCCCAUCUCAGCUGUGUGCCAAGCGUGGCCCUGUGCGCUCUGAGCUGGGCUUACAGCGCGCCGCGCUCUGCGCUGCUGUGCCAGGGGGAACAUUUGUUGCAGCAGGCUUUAAAUUUAAACUUGGGGUGUUUCCAAUGAAUUAAAUAUGAACAUAAAUAAUGCAGCUGGUAACGUAGCUUCUCUGCAAUUAAAUGCAGACGCUCUCAUUUUGUCUCUGUGCUUCCAGGUUUAGAUGCGCUGCGGCAUCCAUCCCGACUGCUUCUGGUAGAGGCUGGGGGGUGGAGAGCUGCUGACAGCACAGGGGUCUCAGUAGGAGGGGUUUUUUGGAGCUGUGGAUGGGGCACUCAGUGUGUCACAACAGCAGUGGUUGGAUGGAGCAGCAUCCCAUUGCAGCAGGUUGGGGCCUUUGGAGUUUUUAGGGCAGAUCCCGUCGCAGUGGGUCUGUCCUUGGUCUGUCCUUGCUGCUGGGUGACACUGGGGCUGGGGAGUGCCCUGCCGUGCCGUGAUCACUGCUUUCAGGGGGAAGCAGAUAGAGAAAGUCAGGAAAAAAAGCACUGUACAUGUACACACCUACAUUGUGGAUGGCUUUUGGGUAUGGAAAGGAAGAGAAGCUUUGCCCUUCUCUUAAGCACAUGCAGCCACUCCGCUUAGGAGAUGAGCAGUGAAGGACUGCCACAUACCUUCUGAUUCAGAGCUACAGACAGCUGUUGUUGCCUUUUCCCUGUGGUCUUAUUCCAGUCACAGAGCACCCAGGCAUUGCUCACUGGGGGCCCUUUGGCUGCACUGCUGUGGGAAGUGGGGCUCUGCCUUCCUCUCCAGCUGCAUCAGGGCCACACUAAAGCUGUACCCUAUGGAGCAGAGCACUGAGCUGCUCCUCUUGUGCCUGCUGUCCCCGUGGGGAGAAGGGCUGCUGGUUCUGGGGCCAAGGCGAUGGAUCUGUGUUCAUCAGGAGGCAUUUGUGCAACGUGGGGUGAAAACAUCGCUGUUCUCCCAGUGGUGCCAUCAGUCAGCAUUGCAGAUGUUCACAUGCUCUGCAGCUGGGGGGUUUUCUCAUGGCUCUUUCUUUUGUCCUAGGCGUCUUCAGUUACGUAAAGGCGAGUCGCUCCCACGAUAAAGACGGCAGCGGUGAUAGAAUGCGGAAACCAGGGCCUCAGAAAGCCAUAGACUGGAAGGAUGGUAAGAAGCACAAGUACGGCCGCCCGCCAGAAUCCCCCUCCCAGUACCAAGGUCACUUUACCUGGGAGAAAUACCUGAAGGAAACAUGUGCUGUCCCAGCGCCCGCCCAUUGCUUCAAGCAGUCCUACACUCCUCCUGCCAACGAGUUCAAGAUCAACAUGAAACUGGAAGCCCAGGACCCACGGAACACCACGUCCAUGUGCAUUGCCACGGUGGUGGGGCUGACGGGCGCCCGCCUCCGCCUGCGCCUCGACGGCAGCGACAACAAGAACGACUUCUGGCGGCUGGUGGACUCGGCUGAGAUCCAACCCAUCGGGAACUGUGAGAAGAACGGAGGGAUGCUGCAGCCUCCUCUGGGCUUCCGGCUGAACGCCUCCUCCUGGCCCAUGUUCCUCCUGAAGACUCUGAAUGGAGCAGAGAUGGCUCCCAUCCGGAUUUUUCACAAGGAACCACCAUCUCCAUCCCAAAACUUCUUCAAGACAGGUAUGAAGCUGGAGGCGGUGGACAGGAAGAACCCUCACUUCAUCUGCCCGGCCACCAUUGGGGAGGUGAGAGGUUCUGAGGUCCUCAUAACAUUUGAUGGCUGGAGAGGUGCCUUCGAUUACUGGUGCCGAUAUGAUUCCCGGGACAUCUUUCCCGUAGGCUGGUGCUCGCUGACUGGAGAUAAUCUGCAGCCCCCUGGAACAAAAGUUGUGAUUCCAAAGAGCCCUUUACCUGCCUCCGAAGUAAACUCGGAGAAGCCUAGCAUGCACAGUAGCACAAAGACUGUUUUGGGGCAUCAACAAGGGCAAGGGCGUCGCAAAGCAGGGAAGAAGCGUGGUCGAACGACCAAAGCGCUCAUCCACCAGCCCAUGCCUGCGCCCUCCAAAUCAGUGGAGCCUUUGAAAUUCCCCAGAAAGAGAGGCCCCAAGCCUGGCAGUAAGAGGAAACCUAGGACAUUGCUGAGCCCAGCACCCACCUCUCCAACCACCAGUACCCCUGAACCCGACACAAGCACUGUGCCCCAGGACGCUGCUACAGUCCCCAGCUCUGCCAUGCAGGCUCCCACAGUUUGCAUUUACUUGAACAAGAAUGGCAGUGCUGGGCCCCACUUAGACAAGAAGAAAAUUCAGCGGCUGCCGGACCACUUUGGACCAGCUCGAGCCUCUGUUGUCCUGCAGCAAGCAGUGCAGGCCUGCAUCGAUUGCGCUUACCAUCAGAAAACAGUCUUCUCUUUCUUAAAACAAGGCCACGGGGGAGAGGUCAUCUCAGCUGUGUUUGAUCGGGAACAGCACACUCUGAACCUGCCCGCAGUAAACAGUAUCACCUACGUCCUCCGCUUCCUGGAGAAGCUGUGCCACAACCUCCGCAGUGACAACCUCUUUGGGAACCAGCCUUUCUCCCAGCACAGCCACGCGCCGCGCUCACACGAGUACGACCACGACAGGUAUCUACCAGGUGAAACCUUCGUGCUGGGAGACGGCCCUCCUGGGCCCCUGGAGCCUCGCAUGGACCCCAUGGACUCGGCCCUGAACGCCGUCAAUGCCUCCGGUCACAGCCGAAGCUCCAGGGAGUUCCGCCUGCAGGGAUACCGGCACCUGCACCAGCCCUGCAGCCUCAGCCAGGGCAGCACCUCCACGCUAGGCAGGCUCGGCUCCACGGGCGCCGAGCGGUACCGCGAAGGAACACGGCUCAGCAGCCGCGACCCCUCGUGCUGGACGGUGGAGGAGGUGAUGCAGUUCAUCCGGGAGGCGGACCCGCAGCUGGGACCCCACGCUGAUCUCUUCCGGAAGCACGAGAUCGACGGGAAGGCGCUGCUGCUGCUGCGCAGCGACAUGAUGAUGAAGUACAUGGGGCUGAAGCUGGGCCCGGCGCUGAAGCUCACUUACCACAUCGACAAGCUGAAGCAAGGCAAGUUCUGAGGACGCCCAGCAGGACGGCCCCCGCGCUCACCCGCAGUCCGUCCACACGCACCCAUCCACGCCACCGCCCGGCUGCAGGGACGCAGCACGCAGAGCCCUGAGCCCUCAGCCCCUCCUGCCCCCCUGGAUGCUUGGCCACGUGGAAUAGGGUGGGUGUCCGUCCCCAGCCCCCAGCACUGCCUGUCUUCCACGCCAGCACGGAGCGGCUCAGCACCGGCCCCCCCUGGGGGUCUUCCAUAUUUAUUUGGGACUGGGGAGGCCCAGGAGAUGGAGCGAGCUUGGGGGCGGAGGAGCAGAGCUGGGCACCGUGGGACUCAUCAGCCCUUCUCCCUCCCUCACAUUUUUUAUGAGGAGUUGCCCGUUGAAAACUGACUUUUUUUGUACCUGAUGUCAAAACUCACAGCUCCUGGGGAUUUAUAGCUGGAGGUGCAGAGCCCAUCUCCCCGCAGCCGUCCUGCUCCCUGCAGCUCCUUCCCAGCUGGGCAGGGGGCUCUGUCUGAUGUAUUUAUUUGCGAUGGCACUUGGGCUCUGAGCAGCAGCAGGCAGGACCACCGAGCAGAGCCCCCGCACUGCCCUGGGAGCAGCCAGGGAGCUCCCCUGAGCUGCUUCAUCCCUGGGUUACCCCCAGUGCUGCCCCCCAGUGCAGCAGGGGGACGCCAGGGGCUGGGGGGGGAGGGGACAGGUUUACCCCUAAGGGGAAAGUUGCAAAAAGAAAAGAAAAAACAAAAGGCAAAACCUGCAAACCCAAAGUGACAGAAAGGCUUUCGUCAUACAGCACUGCCAGCACUGCGCUCCCUGCUCACAGGGGGGGUCCCACAGAGGGGGGUCCUGCACCCCCACCCGUACCUGCGCCGCUCCCGCUGCAGCCAGGCCCCCACAUGGGCUCAGCCCAUGUUUUCCUCUGCACUUAUUUUACGUCAAUUUGUUUAUAAAUAAAAGAA